AUGGCUCGCAACGAGGAGAAGGCGCAGUCAAUGCUGAACCGCUUCAUCACGAUGAAGCAGGAGGAGAAGCGCAAGCCCCGGGAGCGCCGGCCCUACCUCGCCUCCGAGUGCCGCGACCUCACCGACGCCGAGCGCUGGCGCUCUGAGAUCCUCCGCGAGAUCGGCGCCAAGGUCGCCGAGAUCCAGAACGAGGGCCUCGGCGAGCACCGCCUCCGCGACCUCAACGACGAGAUCAACAAGCUCCUCCGCGAGCGCAGCCACUGGGAGCGCCGCAUCGUCGAGCUCGGCGGCCGCGACUACUCCCGCAGCUCCAACGCGCCGCUUAUGACCGACCUCGACGGCAACAUAGUCGCCGUCCCCAACCCCUCGGGCCGCGGACCGGGGUACCGAUACUUUGGCGCGGCCAGGAAGCUCCCUGGCGUGCGGGAGCUCUUCGACAAGCCGCCCGAGAUGAGGAAGCGCCGCACCCGCUACGAGAUCCACAAGCGCAUCAACGCCGGGUACUACGGAUACUACGACGACGAGGACGGCGUGCUAGAACGCCUUGAGGCCCCUGCCGAGAAGCGCAUGCGGGAGGAGAUCGUUUCAGAGUGGCACCGCGUGGAACGGGUGCGGCGGGAGGCCAUGAAGGGGGUGGUGAGCGGUGAGGUGGCUGCGGCUGGAGGGCACAGCGGGGAGGCUGCCAGAGAGGUGCUGUUUGAGGGGGUGGAGGAGGAGGUCGAAGAGGAGAGGAAGCGUGAGGAAGAGAAGAGGGAGAGGGAGAAAGGCGAGGAGGCUGGGAGGGAAUUUGUUGCACAUGUGCCGCUACCUGAUGAAAAGGAAAUUGAGCGCAUGGUCUUAGAGAGGAAGAAGAAGGAGCUGCUUAGCAAGUAUGCCAGCGAUUCCCUGCUGGUUGAGCAGGAGGAGGCCAAGGAGAUGCUCAAUGUCCGACGCUAG